GCGCAUUAUGUGGGGAGAUUGGAGAAUGGGAAAGUUUUUGAUAGCAGUUACAAUCGUGGCAAGCCACUAACUUUUCGUAUCGGUGUUGGAGAGGUCAUUAAAGGUUGGGAUGAAGGCAUUUUAGGAGGUGAUGGAGUUCCCCCCAUGCUUGCAGGAGGGAAACGUACACUGAAGAUUCCUCCAGAACUUGGAUAUGGCUCAAGAGGUGCUGGUUGUAGAGGAGGUUCAUGUGUCAUUCCUCCUGAUUCCGUACUACUGUUUGACGUGGAGUUCGUUAGCAAAGCAUGAUUUGCAAAGCUCUGAGCUGGCAAAUUGCCUUCUUUUUCUUUGGAGUUUGGAGCAUAGAUUUCAUAUAGUAGAAAUUUAACAUUAAAUAUUAAAGUAAAACUUUGAUAAGUUCAUGACCAAGUAAUUAACAUGCUAUGUUAUUGAUUAUCCAGCUUUGGUUUAGAAAUUGUAAGUCAAAGUUGAACAGUUGCGAGCAAUGAAAAACCACUCGUAAGUUCAAACAAA